UUUCCUCACUCAUAUUUAUCCUGAAUGGCUGAAGAUGUAUGUGGACUACUGCAAGGUCUCUGCUGAGAAAAGAUCUUCCCUCAGUGUCUCUCCUCCAGAAGUCUCCCUCCUCUCCAGUCAGCUGCAACGCUACAGGUUUCUACCCUGACAGAGCCAUGAUGUUCUGGAGGAAAGAUGGAGAGGAGCUUCAUGAGGACGUGGACCUCGGAGAGAUCCUCCCCAACCACGAUGGAUCCUUCCAGAUGAGUGUUGACCUGGACCUUUCAUCAGUCCCAGCUGAAGACUGGAGGAGGUACGACUGUGUGUUUCAGCUCUCUGGUGUGGAGGACGACAUCAUCAGCAAACUGGACAAAGCAGUGAUCAGGACCAACAGAGAGGAGCCCAGUAACAUGACCAUCCCGAUUACUUCUGCACUGGCUGUUGUUGUGGUUGCUGCUGUUUUCAUUGCUUCUAUUGGAUUUGCUGUUUAUAAAAAGAAGAAAGCCAAUCGCCCUCCACCUCCUCCUGUCAACAGUGCUGAGCUCUCGGAGAAACUGAAUCCAGAAACAUGAUUGGCUAACACACCACCCUGCACACUGUGACGUCUUGUGG